AGGUGCUCGGGCUCGAGCGCUUCGCGGUCUUCCGAGCGGGGGCGAAUCUGCCUGGGUCUGUCGCAUCUCGGGCUUCUUACCGCGCGCUGUCGGCCCUCUCGUGCCUCCGUGUGUGAUGAUGCCUGACGCCGAUGGGCUCGAUGUUGGCGCUCUCGCGCAUCCGCGGAGCUGGCGCUCGCGCGCGCGCGACCCCGCUGUCACCGCGUACGACAGGGCGUUUUCCUUCGAGGUGCUGGUUGCGGCGCCCGCCCUGGAUUGGUUCGACGGUCAGACGGCGCCGAUCGCCGUCGGGGCGGCGCUGAUCAUCGCCUCUGCUACGGUAAACACUCUUCGGGAUGUCGCUGAUCAUAUUCGGCGCGGCGCUGAUCAUCACCUUCGGCGCGACGCUAAUCAUCGGGGCAGCCCUGAUCAUUUUCGAGACGGCGCUGAUCUUCAUUUUGGGGCGGCGCUGGCCACCUUCGGCACAGCGCUGACCAACGAGGCGGCGCUGAUCAUCCCGAGGGCGGCGCUGCUCAACGCGACGACGCUGAUCGCCUUCGGGGCGGCGCUGUUCUUCAACGCGGCGCUGUUCGUCGGGGCGGCAUUGAUCGCCUUCGGGGCGGCGCCGAUCACCCUCGGCGCGGCGCCGACCGUCUUCGGGGCGGCGCUGAUCAUCGGCGGGGCUCCGCUGAGAAACGGGGCGGUGCUGAUGAUCCGGGCGGCGCUGAUCAUUUUCGAGGCGGCACUGGCCACCGCCUUCGGUGCGGCGCCAUUGGCCAGUUUUGCGCUUCUCACCGCCGGGGCGGCGCUGGUCGCCGUCGGGGCGGCUCCGAUCAUCGGGGCGGCGCUGAUCACCGCCGGGGCGGCGCCGAUCACCGUCGACGCGGCGCUGAUCAUUUUCGAGGCGGCGAUGCUCCUCAGGGUGGCGCUCAUCACCUUCCAGACGGCGCUGAUUAUUAUCCGGGCGACGCUGAGCACCUACGACGCGACCGUGUUCAUCUUCGGGGCGGCGCUGCCCAUCCCCUCAGGGAGGCGCUGCGCACCCUCGACGCGAUGUUCCUGGCGCUGGUGCGGUCGCAGCGCUUCGUGGAGCUGAUGGUGGAUGUGUUGCUGACAGAUGCGAUCGUACCGAUCUUCAGCGAUUGUCGGACGUGGCAUCGGCGUGGGACUCGCGCGCGCAGGAGUUGCUCGACAUAUUCGGCGCGAAGGGCGACGCGCAGAGUGAGGGCGAGCUGGCCUUCAUGCGACUGUGUCUCGAAGGUGAUGACAUUAAGAGGAGAGGAUUGACCUGCGUGCACCGUCUCUCCCGUUCAUGUCCCGACCAUUCGAAGCACCUGGGGACUACUGAGGGCUCUCAGGAUGGAUUGCCCAGGGUGGAAAUGCAGAAUGCAUUGUGCUUUCCGGUUUCUUGUUGCUCGUCAAACCUGCAGCUGCUAGUGAGCAUAUUCAUUCUUUUUCGUUUCUCUCGUUUCUCAGUGCGCCGAGGCUUGGGGACAUGCAGGCGUUAAGACCUGCGGUGUGUCUUCCGACAGGAGCCCGUUCGGAAAACCUCCCGGCGAUCACGAGCGU